UUCAGGUGCCUGAAAUGUACUUUUAGGGCGCUACUUACGGUUAUGUGACUGAAAUAUGGGUGAAAGGACGGACGAUAGUGAUGUAGUAGUCACAAUAGGAGUUUGUGCAAUGGCAAAGAAAGCGAUGUCAAAACCAAUGAAGGAAAUUUUGAGAAGAAUGGACAAGUUCCAGCACAUUAAGAUAAUAAUAUUUGACGAGAAAAUGAUAUUAGAUUCACCAAUAGAGUCAUGGCCCAUCUGUGAUGCACUGGUCAGUUUUUAUUCUGAAGGAUUUCCUCUCAAAAAAGCUAUUGCUUAUUCGAAGCUGCGGAAGCCUUACCUUGUCAAUGAUCUUGAGUCCCAAUACAUUUUAAUGGAUAGAAGAAGGGUUUAUGAGUGCUUGACGAGAGAAGGUGUUCCAGUUCCGAGAUACGCAUUUGUUGAUAGAACAUCAGAAAACCCAGUGAAAGUUGUUGAGCUUGACGAUUCAAUUGAGAUUAAUGGUGAGGUUUUUCACAAACCAUUCGUAGAAAAACCUUUGCAUGCUGAAGAUCAUAAUAUCUACAUCUACUUCCCUAGCAGCGCUGGAGGAGGCAGUCAGCGUCUCUUUCGAAAAGUUGGAAAUCGCAGCAGCAAGUACUUUCCACACAGUAAUAUUCGAACAAAUGGAUCUUAUAUGUAUGAGGAAUUUAUGCCAACGGAUGGUACAGAUGUAAAGGUUUACACGGUCGCAGAUGAUUAUGCUCAUGCAGAGGCUCGAAAAUCUCCUGCCUUAGAUGGGAAAGUAGAACGAGAUCACGAAGGUAAAGAAGUUCGCUAUCCUGUCAUACUAACACCUAGAGAGAAAAUCAUUGCCAAGAAAGUAGCAAAAGCUGUUCGGCAGCAAAUCUGUGGAUUCGAUCUUCUUCGGGCUAAUGGAAUGUCUUAUGUUUGUGACGUAAAUGGAUUUUCUUUUGUAAAGUCAUCCAAAAAGUACUAUGAUGACUGUAGUCACAUUCUUGGUGUGUUAAUUACUCGAAAAAUAGCACCACGAUUGUGUUUGCCGACCAACUUGCCUCCAGGUACGGAUGUAGAUACUCCGCUGGUACCAACAACUUGUGGAGCAAUUAUGGAACUUCGUUGUGUAAUCGCUGUCAUUCGUCACGGUGACAGGACGCCAAAACAGAAAAUGAAAAUGGAAGUUUGCCAUCAGAAAUUUUUCUCAUUUUUCACUAAGUAUGCAGGUGGUUGGGCUCGUGAAUUAAAAAUCAAACGUCCUACCCAGUUGCAGGAAAUUUUAGAUAUUGUGCGAUCCAUUUUGGAAGAAAUUGAUUCUGGCCAGUGUACUGAUAAUUGUCUUCUUCGAAUAAAGCCAAAAUUUGAGCAACUAAAAUAUGUCUUAGAAAUGUAUGGGUCAUUUAGUGGAAUUAACCGUAAAAUUCAGUUAAAAUAUCAACCACAUGGAAUUGGUAAAGAAUCAAAGAUUGGUUAUUCAAGUAGUAUUCCAAUAUCUUGUGACUGUACUGACGAAUGUGACAACACCCAACCUUGCCUAUUAGUUGUCGUGAAAUGGGGUGGAGAAUUAACAGCCGCAGGCAAGCAACAAGCAGAAACUCUAGGAAAAGCUUUUCGUUGCAUUUACCCAGGUGGAGAUGGCCACUAUGGUAAAGAUCCUGGUCUUGGAUUAUUACGUUUACACAGUACUUAUCGUCAUGAUUUGAAGAUAUAUGCUUCUGACGAGGGUCGUGUCCAAAUGACAGCUGCAGCUUUUGCCAAAGGUUUCUUGGCACUAGAAGGAGAAUUACCACCAAUCCUUGUUCAGAUGGUCAAGUCAGCUAAUACGAACGGUCUUUUAGAUAAUGAUAACGAUUGUCGUCACUAUCAGCAGAUGGUUAAACGUCGAAUCAAUGAAGUUAUGUCAAAAAACAGUGAUUUCACCGCUGAAGAUAUUGCUACUCUUGUUCCUACCGGCGCACGUUCUAUAAUUAAUGCUAUGCAGUAUGUUAAAAGCCCGUAUAGAGCAUGUGGUCGCCUGUUUGAACAUGUUCGUCUGUUAUCUAAUCGUCUUGCUUGGCUCUCACGAAGUUCCAAAGAACGCAGUCGAAUACACUUGUAUCAAGGUGAAAGUUGGGACCUAUUGCUCAGACGUUGGGGAAAGCUAUUAAAAGAUUUUCGAUCUCCUGAAGGAGAAUACGAUCUUUCUAAAAUUUCAGAUAUAUAUGACAACAUAAAAUAUGACUUGCAACAUAAUUCUGGCAUUUUACUAGAAUCUGAGGUGCAAGAUUUUUUCAUGUGUGCAAAGUCGCUAGCUGACAUUAUUGUCCCACAGGAAUAUGGUAUAACAAAAGAAGAAAAACUAGUGAUAGGUCAACGUAUUUGUACUCCACUUAUGCGGAAAAUUUUAUCAGAUGCUCGUUAUACAGAUGUAGAUGAGUGUACACGGCUGCAUGCUGGCCAUCGCCCAAAUCACGGUGAACCUUGUCCCGAUUGUUAUUCAAAAGGAGUUGCUUCACCUGAACGAUUUGUUCGUAGUCGCUUGUAUUUCACUAGUGAAAGUCAUAUUCAUUCAUUACUUACUUGUCUAAGAUAUGGUGAAUUAGCAGACAUUGUAACAGAUGAACAAUGGAGACGUGCUAUGGAGUAUGUGUCGUCUAUUUCUGAAAUUAAUUAUCUCGCUCAAAUUGUAAUUAUGAUUUAUGAAGAUCCUACUGUGGAACCGAAAACUGAAAAACGAUUCCAUGUUGAAUUACACUUUAGUCCUGGUGCUUUUGCAUUAUGUCAUGAUCUCCCUGAAGGGAGUGGUUUUCGAUCGGGAAAAUUGGUGCGUCUAAAUUCUCAAAUGAGUGUAAUGAGUAGCGGUACAUCUGUGGAUAAAGGAAGUUCCGACUCAAUGCCGCAAUCAGCAAUCCCUUCUGUUACACCUAUUGUUCCUGCUAGUGAACAAGACAGGAAAGAUCUGUUUGAUAAAUAUAGUGGUAGACAAACAGAUCGAAGUAGUGAAUAUCACCAGAAUCUUGGGUCAUUUGACUCGAGUGAAUGUUCAUUCUCGGGAUCUUCCGCUAACGACAAAGCUUCAGGUAAAUCUACAACAAUGGUAUCAAAAAAACUUGAUUCUUUAGAUUUGUUUCGUUGGAGUUUUGAUAGUGAUAGGAAUACGUAUGAAUUAUGUAAGAAUCAAACAGAGACUUUUAAUGAUUCAUCUCUUACCGAGCAAUGUCCGGUUCGCAGGUCACAUAGUGUUCGUUGUAAUCUCGCUUCAAAUGUUUCUCGAGAAAACACUGUUAAUCACGAAGAAACUUUGAUUGUCAACCACAGAUCGCAAUCUCAAGGUCGUCCUUCUGUUUUGCCAUUAUCACCUGUACCAUCAACCUCUACGCUAGAAUUAAUUGGGACUCCUACAGCGUCAAAUACAGAAGUUGGUAUUGGACGAUUUACUGUCACGCGGUUCACUGAUAAUAAAAGUAGUUUGGGUUCAACUUUUCCAAAUGAAUCGAAAACUGAUAAAUUAUUGUCGACAUUACCGUAUACAAAUAAACUAAAAACAUAUCACCUCAAACAUUUUUCACGUUCGAAUUUCUGCCAAAAUUCUGCCCGUAAUAGGUCUAGUUCAUGUCAUCCUGAUGUUUAUAGAAGGAAAAAUUUAGCUACAACCCUAUCAUCAAAACCUAGAUAUUCAUGUAUUUCAAAAUUACUUCAAACGACAGGUAAGCUUACUGAUUUUGUCGACUUUAAGAAAUAUGAUUAUAAUGAAAAACUGUCUUUUGAAUGUUCCUGUUCAAAUACUAAUUCGUCACGUUUCGCUCCUGUAAUUCAAUGGCUUUCAAAGCAGUCAGAACACUUAGUGAAAUCAGAUGAAAAAUGUGACAACGGGGAUCACAAAUCAAAUCCAAUCAACAUAGAAGACAAGAGAGUUCGAGAAACACCGAAAUGGCUAACUUUGGGGGCUCGUAAAUUAUACGAUUCGGCUGGUUCAAAUAGUUCUACUAGAAUAAAUCAACAUAAUAGCACAGGCUCUGUUCAUUCAUCAAAAAAUCAAGAUUUAACUUCCACAUCUACUCGAGCUCGUUUAACUCCACUUCCUUCUGAUGAACCGGUGUGUCCCAACGAAUCGACUCAAUUUGCAAUGGAUUUGCCAUUUAGUCAAAUUAAUUCUCAACCAGUCAACAAUUUUUUGUCAUCAUCUGGGGCUGACAGUGGUGUAGAUGAUGAUCCUGUUAUCAACCAAACUUUGAAUGCUAUCACUUACCCUAGUCGUCAAAGUCCAUAUCAUUUAGAUAUUGGACGUCUUAUAAGAGAAACUGAACAGAUCUACAGACGUUUCAGUUCUGCAGCCCGUAAAUUAUAUGUUCUAUACAACACUUUUCAUUUAUACAGUGUUCGUUGUUUUCGCGUAACAUCAUUUGGCAUCAUUUUUGUAUUAUUGCCUGUUUCUAGUUUGAAUAGAUGGUGCAUGGUUUGUUGAUACAGUACAUUUCAUUUGACCUGGACUAACGGCCUCUGUUUAAUUAAACUAUUGUAUUCAAACAUCUGACCUAUAGUACUUAUAGAUAAUAUCUGAAAUGAUUAAAUCAUAGAGAUUAAGAAACACUACACUUUUCAUAUUUGCUAGUGGUUUUAAAUCUUACUUACUCUCGACUGUCACCAUAUUUUUCACCAUGCUCCUAGUAUGGCAUUGAAAUCAUGAACUGAUAUAAGUUAGGUAAAAACUAGAAGCCUCGAAGUACUGGACAACCGUUUCGUCCCAAUAUUGUGACUCCUCGGCCGUAUGCAUCCACGACCUUGUUCAAGUUUAACUUCAAUCAAUUCACGGCUUCGCGUGACCAUCUUCCAUUGACUUAAGUGAGUACCUUUCCCACACCCAACAGAAUUUUCUCCAUUGAUCACGGCUGCUUACAAGUAUUCUGGAAGUUCCCUCUCGAAGCUAGUCACUGGUAAGCUCAUGAUAAUUUUCAGCAUAGUUUUGCGGAAAUUGUUUGGCGUCCUCAUUUGACGAUGUAGGUCCUGAGUUAGAUUCCUGCCUACGAGGUCAUGGGUGCAGAUUGCUAGGGAUUCCCAUACUAGGACGAAACGGCCGUCCAGUACUUUCAGGUUUACAAUGGUUGUCCAACGUAGAUUGCUUUGUAAUUUCAACGAAAUUCAACAAUCUCCUUAAGCCCAUACUGAAAACUUCCUUUACUGGUUUUCAAUGUAAGCAGUGAGUGAUUUUCUUAAAGUCGGUUUUUGCUUCAAAAUUGCUUUUUAAAACUAGCUUAUUGUUAUUAGGAUGGUAUAUAUUAUUUGCUUCUCUCUUAUCAUCAGCUGUUAUAAUUAGUCAUACCAUUUUUGUUAGUCGGAACAUAAUUUCUCAUGUAUAUUUAGUCAGUUACUGUCGUAUUAGUGUGAAUGCUCUUAAGGCUUCAUACAUUACUUACUUACGCUUGGAAGCUUUUUGUUUCAGUAUAUUAACUAUUUAUCGCCUUACAACAUUUUGUUUAUUCUAGUUUGUGUUAGGUUUCUCAGUUCUUAUGUUUAUUUUUGUAAGGAAAAAGUACAAGAAAUAUAACCAUUACAUAUCUCUGUGCUUCUUUUUUUUCUCUACAAAAAUAACCAAAGUGAUGCUAAAUAAUAUCAGUUAGAUAAAACGUCUAAAUGAUACUUUGUAGAUUAUCACUUAAAUAUAAUUACAACCGUUGUAAAACAUUUAAUCCCUUUUGAAAAUUAUAAUAGUCUCAUAUAACGCUAAUGUGAAAUGCUGUUUGUAUGUUCGCUUUUGAUUUUGUAAAGUUUUGUCUGCUUCAAAUAUAAAACAAUAUGUUAUUCUUUCAAAGCAGUCUUAUUCGGUGAAUAUCUAAAUAGAUUUUGUUUUUCCUAACAAAUAUUCUCAUCAUGUUUUAUGAGUUUAUAGUAUUAAAAUAUCAUGUGUAUAACAACAGUAUAAACACUUGUAAUUCUUAGUUUUUCUUAUACUCAAAUGUAGUAUAGUUACUGAAAAAGAAAGUUCGGACUGAAUAUUUCUAUAGGUUUUUGAUGUUUUUGAAAUAACUAUGCAUGAUAUUGGAAAGAUUUUCAUUCUAUUAUAGUAUAAGGCAUUAAUAGGUUUCAAGUUUGUUUUUUGCUUUUAUUCCAUUUGAUGUCGGUUUGUUGCACGUCAUUUAUGGAUGCAUGUUUUUCCAACUUUUAUUUUAUCAUCUACACUUAUAAAAAUACUAAAUGCAUUCAUCAAUAUUUUAUUUGAUGUACUUAUAGAUGGCAUACCUUUUUUGUAAUUAAAAUUAUCACGUGAAUAUCUAAAUAGUACUUUGAUACUAAUUGUAUGUAAUAUAUGUAUCUACCAGUUUUACCAACUCUACAACAUUGCGACUAACUUGUAGUUCGAUUUCAGUUCUAAAUUUUUUGAUACUCUAGAACAAAUAAGUUUGUGGUUAUCAGUGCUAUCCAAGACGGACGUUAUUUAAAACUCAUCAACUUAAUGUAAUUGAAUCCCAGUGUUGUUAACACUAAGAUAUAGAUUAAGUGUUUUACACUUCAAAAACUUAGCUUGUUAGUCUAGUCAUUGCUUUGUUCAAUGGGUAUGAUAUAUACAUUAUUACCGGUUCUAUAGAACCAGUUAGCUCAAGAUGCACAUGUACCACCUAUGAUUGGUCAAAAUCCAUUCUUAAAUAUCAACAAAGGGAUAUCUCUAACCUUUUCUAUUAAUGACUUCAAAUUUCUCAGUUUGAUAGAUCGAUAAAUUGUUCUAUGUAUCAACAUAUUUAUUUAUUCAGAUAUAUAAACAUUGGUACAAGGAGGCAACAAAUAUAUGCGCGCCACACUUCGUCAUUCGAUUUGUCUGAAGGUCGGGAUACUUCCCCGGCGUCCAAACCGAAGCAUACAUACAUAUACAUAUACUCAUUUACUGAGAUUAUUUCCUUUAGCUCAUUUUCAUCAUGUACCUUUAUCUGUUUGUAUUCUUGUAGAUUUCAUUCAUUCUGUUGGUAAUUUACUAAAUAGGUUCGUUAAGUUUUUUAUUCUUUUAAUAUCCCUUUUUUAACGGCCCCACUGCACCUUCUCCCUCACGUUAGCCUUAUCGUUUUCCUUACUAAACACCAAGUUGUUGUACAAUUUCAUUCUCUUUUAAUUUAUCAGCAUAAAAAUUGUCAAGCUAUUUGCUAGAAACAUUUCAAUUAACUCAGACAAACUCAAGUUUCAAAGUAAUAGUUCACCAUUUCUUAUUUAUAGCAAUUGAUUGUCCAAACAAAUAAUUGAUAGUUAUAUUCAAGGGUUACUAGAGAUACAUCUACUAAAAUGAAGCAAAUACACGAGAAAAAUGAAAACUAUUCAUCACUAUUUGUUCCAUUUUUUAGCUGUUGCCACGGGAGCGCCGUUUGCACCGCCAAUAUGUCGAAGUCUUAUAAGUACAGCGGUUAUACGUGGUUCACGUGAUGAUAGCCAAGCAUCUAGUAGUGUUCCUGAUUUUAAGAGAUUAACAGAAGAUAUAAGCGUGGCACCACGAACAUUAACACCUGGAAGCUCUCAAGAAUUUUUGGUUCCCAGUGCGCCAUGUGUCCCAGAAGUGUACCCCCUGGAAACACUACAUAACGCUUUAACUUUAAGUCAAUUGGAAGCCUUUCUUGUUCGUUUAACUACUCAUAAGUUUCCGACUCCAUUUACAUCACCGAAACACCCAUCUACUCCUGUAAAUUAUUAUCACCAUCACCAUCAACCUCAGUUAAGUCAAACUACUCUUGAGUUCUUCUCUCAGUAUCACGACUUGUGUACUAAUCUAUCUUCUUCACUUCCGAAUUCUACUGGAGAUGAUACUGCAACACAGGACUGUUCCAAUAUUGUUGAUGAAGCCUCUACUCAAGUACAGCAACCUGUGUCAUCAAAUGUUACGUCAAUAAUCCCAUCCGCUUCACCGUUUCAAAAAAUUACUUCCGGAAAUACAAAUUACCAACAGUAAAUCAAAAAAAUUCCGACUGUCUUUUCUUCCCUAAUUAAUAAAAGUCGAUUUCUUCAUCUGUGGAUAAUUGAAGAAUAUCACAAAUUCACUUUUGCCUCUGCUUCUGUAUACAUAUAAUAAACAGUUUUCUUCUAAUCCUAUAUGAUCCAUUUCAUCUAGAUAUUGAUCUCUAAUUAAUCGAGUAUUUAUUACUUGUUUUAUUUUAUUACCAAUAUUUUCUUAGAAUUUUUUUCAGUUUGUCUGUAAUUUGUUUACUCUUUAGUUCCUUGUUUGUAUAUAAUGGUUUUCUAAUAUUGCCUUUUUAUUUUGUGUACUUUUUUUCUUUUCUGUUAGUUAUUUAAUAAUAAUUCGAGAAAAAUACAGGUAUUGGUUUGAAUA